CAACAGUUAAACCGUGCUUUAGUUCAGAGCAUUUGCCUAUUGACAGAACUUUCUGUCAAUCUUUUGCCUGUUUACACAAGCAAAGUUCCAUUUCUACAGGGGCCAAGUCAAUGGUACAGGAAGAAGAACGAUCCCACGAGGAAGGCGGAGAUGAACGUCGAUGGAACGAGCACGAGUCGAAGGAAAAGGUGGGGAAGUCGUCGACCGUUAUGCGGCGUGUUCAGCUUCGAAAGGUUCGUAACCUGUUCACCAGCCGCCGUUCCAAUCUCGACAGAUCCAGCAUGCGGACGUCCGUGCAAGGAGCAAGGUCACGGUCAGUGUUACACCUUCCUCCGUGUGGCUGUCUCAUCGACCACGAGGAUUCCCCUGCGUUCUCCAAGUGAUCAAAAAAGCGUUGAACGCUGGCCUCUUUUCUCGUUUCGAGUUUUCUGGGCCAUCGAACUGAACGCCAGUGAUCUCGAGGAGGAACCAGAAGUCGUGUUCCUUAGUUUCGUUGGCAUCGAAAGGACUUUCUUGAAGGAAGUGUUUCUUCUUCGAAGCUUCGUCUUUAAAAUUUUUAAUUAUUUGUGAAUUGUUUGUGAGUUCUUAGCGUGAUCUAUUCGGUUGAUUCUUGGAGGAGCUAGAUCUCGGAAGCUAGAAGACUAAUGUACGUGGAACAGUGGGACACUUUUCUCAAGUUUUGUUAGAAUUCCUUGUCUUAAUAUCGAUGCUUCGAAAUACAGCGUUUAGGCUAUGAUAGAGGAGUUAGCAGAGUGCAUGUAUAUGAAGAAAGAAAAGUGACCACAGGACAUUUUCGAAUUAUUCUGGAAUUGUCGAUGAGUUUUUAGUGUGAUCUAUUCAGUUGGAGGAGCUAGAUCUCUGAAGCUAGAAGACUGAUACGUGGAACAGUGGGACACUUUUUUCAAGUUUUGUUAGAAUUCCUUCUCUUAAUAUCGAUGCUACGAAAUACAGUGUUUAGGCCAAGAUAGAAGAGUUAACAGAGUGCAAGUGUACGAAGAAAGUAACCCAACCAGGCCAACUUUUCAAUUAUUUAUGAAUUAUUGACGAGCUCUCAGUGCAACUUGCUAGGUUGACACUUGGAAGAGCUAGAGCACUGAUAGACUAGUGAAGUUAUUAAAAUUUCUGUCUCGAAAAUCGCCAUUUCAUUCAAGAUAAAAAAUCUAUCAAACUACAAGUGUACGAUGAAAGAAAGGUGACAAGAAAGCUAAUGUAUAUCGAACUCAGCGGACAGAGAAAGCCUCUCGAAGAGAGUUCGAUCGAAAAUUCUAGAUGUCCAAGUGAACGGGAGAUCGUACAAGAAGUUUAUAGAUAUCCUACUAGAUUUCAUAUAUUUCAAAUAGCCGAACCAUUCGGAAGAAUGUACUCUCUGUGACGAAUCACGUGGACAACGGAAGGGGUUGAAAGCAAACGUGACUGAACAAUGUAAAAGCCGGGAAAUCCUCUUUCUGAAGGAUGGAUACGUGUAACGUCUAAGUGCAUCGAUUACUCAGAGGAAACGAAGCUUCUGGAGUGCACGUUAUCUCCUUAUCUCCCAGGAAAGUAGGUGAUCGUUAAGGGUAAUUACAGGAGAAUAAAAUGGGUAUCGAGAGCGUUUUAGCAGGAGGUCUGACCUCUGCAUCGACAGGACUUUCAUGGUUCUUUCCGGUCCUCGCGGCCGCGCUCGUCUACUUCCAAUAUGAAGUUAUGGACAACGAAGCGCCGCCGAUUAAUAUACCAUCCGAGGUGCUCCUGCCAUCCUACGAUUUUAUUGUGAUAGGAGCCGGUUCUGCAGGAGCCGUAGUAGCGAGUCGCCUCUCAGAGAUUGAAAACUGGAACGUGCUUCUUUUGGAAGCUGGAGGCGACGAAACCGAAAUCUCGGAUGUGCCUCUUCUAGCUGGCUAUUUGCAGCUUAGUCAGCUCGAUUGGCAAUACAAAACCGAACCAGACGAAGGUGCUUGUCGAGCGAUGGAGAACGGUCGGUGCAACUGGCCGCGAGGCAAGGUGAUCGGAGGCAGCAGCGUCCUCAACUACAUGCUCUACCUUCGCGGCAACAAACGCGACUACGACAUCUGGGAGCAACAAGGUAACCCAGGCUGGGGUUCCAGGGAGGUCCUCUAUUACUUCAAGAAAUCCGAGGACAACCAGAAUCCCUACUUAACGCACACCCCGUACCACUCGACUGGCGGUUACCUCACCGUUCAGGAAGCGCCCUGGCACACGCCUCUGGCCGCAGCGUUCGUCCAAGCUGGCCAGGAGAUGGGCUACGAGAAUCGCGACAUAAAUGGCGAGAAACACACGGGCUUCAUGAUCGCCCAGGGUACCAUCAGACGUGGAAGUCGUUGCUCCACGGCCAAGGCUUUCCUGCGACCAGCCAGGCUGCGCAAGAACCUCCACGUCGCCAUGCACUCCCACGUCACCAAGGUCCUGAUAGACCCAAAGUCCAAACGCACCUAUGGAGUGGAGUUCGUCAGGGAUGGAAAGGUGAUUCGUAUACGCGCUAAAAAGGAAGUAAUCGUGUCUGGAGGAUCGGUAAAUUCCCCUCAAAUAUUGAUGCUGUCAGGAUUAGGACCUAGGGAACAUCUUCAGCAACAUGGGAUUCCUGUGAUUCAAGACCUCAGAGUGGGUCACAACCUCCAGGACCACGUGGGUCUGGGUGGUCUCACGUUCAUGGUCAACCAGAAGAUCUCCAUGGUGGAGAAGAGGCUGCACAGCGUCCAGGCUGUGAUGCAGUACGCCAUCUUUGGCGAUGGUCCCUUGACGGUUCUAGGAGGUGUCGAAGGAUUAGCAUUCGUCAAUACGAAGUACGUGAAUGCUUCUGAUGAUUUCCCGGACAUUGAGCUGCACUUUAUAUCGGGUUCGACUAAUUCUGACGGGGGCAGACACAUCAGGAAGGUCCAUGGACUCACUAAGCGAUUCUAUGACGAUGUUUAUGGGCCUAUCAAUGACAAGGAUGUUUGGAGCGUGAUACCUAUGCUCCUCAGGCCUAAGAGCAGGGGGUUUAUCAAGCUACGCAGCAAGAACCCGUUCGAUCAUCCGUUGAUCUAUCCGAAUUACUUCAAGGAGCCUGAGGAUGUCGCUACUCUAGUGGAGGGAGUCAAGAUUGGGGUUGCUCUGAGCAGAACUUCAGCGUUCAGACGUUUUGGGAGCGAGCUGAACUCGAAGAAGUUCCCUGGGUGCAAGCAUGUACCUAUGUACAGUGAUCUCUAUUGGGAAUGCAUGAUCAGGCACUAUUCUGCGACCAUUUACCACCCUGUGGGGACCUGCAAGAUGGGGCCAUACUGGGACCCAGAGGCUGUCGUGGAUCCUCAGCUUAGAGUCUAUGGAGUUAGCGGUCUUAGAGUUAUCGAUGCUUCUAUCAUGCCAAAUCUCGUCAGUGGGAAUACGAAUGCACCUGCUAUCAUGAUUGGGGAGAAGGGGUCUGAUAUGAUAAAGGAGUUCUGGCUGAAGAGGAGGGGUCGAGGGUGAAUUGCGUUGGCGGUGAAAUGGAGUGAGAUAAUACAGAGAGUUCAGAGAAGAUUCAGAGUUUAGAGAAUGUAUUCAGAGUCAAACAAGAUUCAGAGUCAAACAAGAUUCAGA